ACAACAAAAAGAAGACGAAAAAAGUCAUUGAGCUUUUCUGGUAACCGACUUGCUCUUUUGUGCAUAGCAGAAUCCUCACCAUCCUCGUCACUUACAAUCUGAACAACACAUAAUGGGGAAGAAGAAAAUGCAAGAAAGCAGCAAUGAAGCUCCUGUUGACAUAGAAAGCCAAGCAACUUCCAUGCAAAAUCAGUUGACAAACUUGCGUGCCCUGCCCCCUGCCUGUUGUAUCUACAGGGUGCCUGAGCGACUACGGAACGUGAAAAAAAAGGCCUACACACCACAAGUAGUCUCAAUAGGCCCACUUCACCAUGGCAGCAAAAACUUAGAAGCCAUGGAAGAUCACAAACUCAGGUACCUAAACUGUUUUCUUGCUCGGACUGAAGUAGGAUUGAAGACUUAUUUCAAGAAAAUAGAGGAGAAAGAAGAUGAACUCCGUCGUUAUUAUGAAGACACUAAGAAGUUUAACACUGCUGCUUUUUUGAAUAUCAUUCUAGUUGACGCCGCCUUUGUCAUUGAGCUAUUGUUGAGGAAUAAAUCCGAAGAAAAAUUGCGGGAUGAUAAUGCUUGGAUAUUUAAAAAACCAUGGGUGCUACAAAAUAUAUUGCCUGACAUGCUUAUGCUCGAAAAUCAGCUGCCAUUUUUCAUUCUCGAGGAUCUUUACAGUCUCACAGGUGCUCAGACUGGGGUGCCUUCAAUAAUUCAACUCUCUUACAAGUUCUUCCAACAGGCACUGCGUUUAGAAGAAGACUUGGAGAAAAGACCAGCCUUCCGUGAGUAUUUUAUGUCUCGUGAUUCUGAACCUUCACAUUUUGUUGAUUUUAUUAGAACUUUACAUCUGCUAGAUUUCAAUACCCCAAAACCUGGAGGGCCACUCAAUUCGACCCGAGAAGGAAAUGGAGGGCUCCGAAGUACACCCAGCGUGACAAAACUACACCAGGCCGGAGUUAAGUUUCACAAAAAUGGAUCACGCAAGAACUUAUUCGAUAUAGAGUUCAAUAAAGACACCGUGGAAAUUCCAAAAAUUGAAAUACAUGAUUACACAGAGCUUACACUUAGAAAUCUCAUUGCCUUUGAACAAUGCCAUUGCGUGGAUAAAUACAUAAGCGAUUAUGUUUUCAUCCUGGAUAAAUUCGUAAACACCCCAAAGGAUGUAGAGUUGCUUGUUGAGAAUGGAAUUGUUGUAAACACGCUAGGUGACAACAAUAAGGUUUCUGUUAUGAUUAACAAGCUUUGUAGUAAGGUUGCUCCGAACCACGGAAACUACUAUUUUGGUACCCUUGCUGAAGGUCUAAACAAGUACUACGACAAGCCCACGAACAAAUGGAAGGCAAAUUGGAGACAAAAGUAUUUCAACACACCUUGGGCAGCUAUUUCUCUCAUUGCAGCUGUUAUUCUUCUGAUACUCACUGUCAUACAAACAGUGUGCUCUAUUAUCUCUGUUAUUGAUUACGUAUUAGCAGUAAGUCUCUCCGUAGUCAUUUUCUUCCUAUGUUUUUUUUGUGUUUUUUGUGUUUUGUUUUGUUUUCAAGUAUGUAAAAGAGUGGAUCAGGGCUAGCUUUGUUUUCAAUAAAGGUGUGCGCUAUGUGCUUGUUUUAACAUAGUGGGAUUCAUGUUGGUGUUGUAGAAGAAGUUUGUAACCCUGUUCCUAAUAAGAGCUGUACUAUUAUUAUUGUUA